UGGAUUCUUGUCGCCUAACCGCAGUCAGUGAUUGACAUGUAGUUUCAGUCAGGACUAGCGAGUUGUUCUAAUAUUGCAUAUAUGAUAUUAUCCCUCACGCCCGAGAUGUAUAUCAUUGGAAUGAUUGAAGAAUCGUCUUGAUCUUCGCUUUAGCGCUCUCAUCCGCGGCACUUAGUCGGGCGCCUGAUAAGCGCCUAUUGUGAAGCUCUGCAGAGAGGCUGUGGAGUCAUUUGCCGGGAUUUCCCAAUAAUCGGGCUCACCGGCUGAUCGGCUCACCUUGCUCUGGAUAAUUUUGGAUUUUGAAAGAUUGAGGAUUAGAUGUACAUGCGAGACUGCACGGGACUAAAUUUAAUUGUCGAUAGCGUUAUUCGAUGCUUCCCGAUAGUGUAUGCCGUCACACGCCCCACUGCAUGUAUAAGUAGUAAGGACUACAAUCAGAGUGCCGAGCAGUCAUCCACUUCCCCGGUGAAGCAACAUGUCUACAGCUGGCAGACACGCGCACACUGGCAGGAGUCGCAAAAGCUCCUGCAGCGGCUCUACCGCUCGACUGAGGCGGAAGACUUUUCGCAACUGCGACAGAUCAUCAAAGAAAUAACACAGGCGGACCCCAACACACGGCACGAUAUCCUGAUAAAAGCUGCUGAUAUUAUUAGGCAGCUUGACACAGGUUACCGUUCGCUUCUUGAAGAACAGGCAGCUUCGACUUCAACUAGUACUACUACUAGUAACGCUGGUUCUCCCAUGCAAUACCCGACCCCGGUUCAUCCUGUGUCACAUUUUCUUCCUGAGAGUUGGUCAGUAAACUAUGACCACUCGAUGUCGAUGUAUCCAUGUGUAUUUUCUUCGCCGAAUAUAACACACGGCAUGUAUGCUCCCGCGAACAUGGCUUCGGACUCGGAUAUUACGCAUAACUAUCUUUAUUUCAACUCCUAAUCUGGAUAAUUGAUCGGAAUACUUGGACCAUAUAUUGUCUUAUACUGUAUAUUCUGCAGCU